UGGACCAAUCAAUUGGUUAGAAACUAAUAACACGCGUCUAUGACCAAUUUGUUUUACUUAAAAAGGAGAGUCAGAGAGAGGGAAUUAUAAUAGGAAUUCACUUUUCUUCAGCCAUUAAUGGCGAGAAAAGGUGGAAGAGAUGAAGAAGAGAAUUCUCAUAGAGUUUCAAUGUUGUCAUCAACAUCAUCUCGACGCAGAUUAAUGACAGACCCAUUUUUACUUGUCUGCAAAUGCUUCAGCUUCUUUGUAUCCUUGGCUGCAAUUCUCUGCAUACUUGUUAAUAUCCUUUCUGCAUUCAAAUCAUUCAAAAAUGGAUCAGACAUCUUUGAUGGAGUCUUCCGAUGUUAUGCAGUUGCAAUUGCAGUAUUCAUUGUUGUUGCAGAAACAGAAUGCAGAUUCAUUUUAAGGUUUUGGAGGGUAUUAGAAUAUUGGGCUGGUAGAGGAAUGCUUCAGAUCUUUGUUGCCGUGAUAUCAAGAGCUUUCCCUGAUGUUAAUGGAGCGAGAAAAGAUCUCGUUCUACUUCAAGUAGUAUCAAGCUAUUUGCUUCUAGCUUGUGGCAUGACGCAUCUAAUUUCGGGUGUACUAUGCAUUGGUUUUCUAAAACGUGCUCGCCAAUCAAAAGAAAUUACAAGGAUUCAAGCAGUCAAGGAUCUUGAAGAAUUGGAGAGGCGAAAAGGGGAACUUGAAGCAUUACUAGCCAUGGAAAGAGCUUGAGACAGGUUAUCAAGUUGUAGACAAAGGUUCAUGAUUUGAAUAUGGUUAACUCAAACCAACUGGAGAUGAAUAUAAGUAUUUGAUCAGUGUCCCAGUUGACGAACUUUUCCUGUUUAUUAAGCAUUUUGUUAGCUCCAGUAGACCAAAAUGAUGCCUUCGAAAAACUUUCAUGCGGUCUAGUAGUACGUGUGCCUGCAUAGAGAAUCAACACAUCUUUAUUCAUCUCAGUAUUCAAAAGCGUUGCAGUUUGGAGGAUGAGAAUGAGAUAAAAUACUUCGCAGGCAGAUGGGGAUUUUAGAGAUGCAAUUGGUGAAAGCAGCACAUAAUACUCUUCUCAUCUGUAAUCAAAAUGGUACGUCUCUUUCAUGGUAGUGCAUUAAGUGUAUAUCUGGAUCAUGCAUUAAAUCUCAGUCUCGGAUGCAAAUAAUGUUAUUCUUAUCUACGUCUUGGAGAUGAAUAUUGAGCACCUGAUAUAGACUUUGUAACCAAUCA